AAAAUUUAAAAUGGCCUUUAAGUAUCUAAUUUUUGCGUCGGCUUUGUGCCUGAGUCUCGCCUAUCCGCUGGACCAUCACUACUACGAGCAUAGCCAUGGCGGCUAUGAGCAUUUGGCCCACCAAGAGCACGAGCCCAUACACGAUUAUGGACAUGAGCAUCAGGUGGAGCGCAUCUCUCAGGGCGAGGAGCAUGGUCAUGAGCAACCUCACUAUGAGGUGGAGCAACAUCAUACCGAGGACGAACAUGUCGAUUACUAUGCUCCUCCCAAAUAUGCCUUCAAGUAUGGCGUCAACGAUUUCCACACUGGCGAUGUGAAGUCCCAGCACGAAACACGCGAUGGCGAUACCGUUAAGGGCCAAUACUCUCUGGUGGAGCCCGAUGGUUCCAUUCGCACCGUUGACUACACUGCCGACAAGCACAAUGGCUUCAAUGCUGUCGUCCAUAAGACAGCACCUGUACAUCAUCAUGAGGAGAUCCAUGAGCAACACGAUCAUCAUGAACAUCACUACUAAGCGGGAAACGACGAUUUAAAAAAACAAAAAAAAACAAAACCAGAGAGAGAGACCAUAACUAUUGUUUAAAACUGUGUACUAGAAUUAGCCAAAUUUUUUGCUAAUGCAGCUUCAUCAUCAAACAUACACACACACUCACACAUAUACGUACACUAUGAUCAAUCCAUGUAAAUGUAAUCAGCUUCAUAUCUCGUAAUUAGGACACUGACAAACAUUCAUGCACUCCAAGCAUGCGUUUUCAUAAUACUCAUAUAACGUUUUUAUAUCGUAUAUUUUAUUUCUGUGAUAGCAAAUAAUUUCCACUUAAACUAUUCUAAUCUAAUUUUUCCUCAACUGUUUCUUAGUCACUACUUCACUAUUCACUCUUUGAAGGCUAGAUCAUUCCGCUCAGACGAAUUUAUCAAUCUACAAACUACAUAAUUGCAUAUCCAUAAUAUGUUUAAAAAUUUGUUUACA